ACCAGGCUUAGCUGAAUGUGACUGCUUGUGAGACCUUGUGAAAUCCUUGGGAUAUUCCUCCUUCUGCUGCUGUGUGAACCAGCCAAGUGCAGAAGUGUAUGGUUUGGGUCAUAGAUGAUUUCCUAGAGGCACAUGGACCUGAUCUGCGUUAAGGUGCUACAGGGCAGAAGCUGGUGUUGGGUCUAAAUUGGUUGUCUCAGGGCAUCAGUGAAACAUUCUUCUUUCCUGCUUUUAGGUUGUGCAUCAUGAGGAAGCUUCCUUCUGUUCUGGCUAGGACACUCACUUCUGGGAUCAGUGGCUCCCCAGGGCUUCCUGACAUGUCUGAAGGACAGUCACCCAUUCAUGUGAAUAAUGUGCGGAGGAAAUUGAGGGAUAUAGUGGGAGCAUCUACCAACUGGAGGGAUCAUGUGCAAGCAAUGCAAGAAAGAAAAGCUCUUCAUACUUUACUGGCAAAACGGCAGGAAGAUCUCCCUCCUAGGAGAAUGAAGGAUAGCUACUUGGAAGUUAUUCUACCUCUAGGAAGUCAGCCUGAAAUAAGAGAAAAGUACCUGAAUGUACAGAACAGUGUAAGGUUUGGAAGGAUACUUGAAGAUCUUGACAGUUUAGGAGUUCUUAUUUGCUACACUCACACCAAGCAGGAAAUGCAGCCAAGGUCUCCUUUAUCCAUAGUCACAGCUCUGGUGGAUAAAAUCAAUUUGUGCCAGAAGAUUAUACAUCCAGAUUGUGACAUCAAAUUCACAGGCAAUGUUUCUUGGGUUGGGAAGACCUCUAUGGAAGUGAAGAUGCACAUGCUGCAGCUACAUGAUGGUGAUUACAGCCCUGUGUUAGAUGCAACCUUUGUCAUGGUGGCCCGGGACCCAGAGAAUACACGGCCAGCGUUUGUUAAUCCACUCAUUCCUGAGAGCCCUGAGGAGGAAGAAAUCUUCAAGCAAGGGGAAUUGAACAAGAUGAGGAGGAUUGAUUUCAGCACUGCUUCCUUACUGAAAAUGGCUCCCACUGCAGAAGAAAGAAACAUUGUCCAUGAUAUAUUCCUUAAUACAUUGGACACAAGGACAGUGAGUUUCAAGAGUCGUAAAUUACCACCCAGUUCAGUGUGGAUGGAAGAUGCAAAGCUAAAAGCCCUGCAGAUUUGCCAUCCUGAGGAACGGAACAUCUUCAAUAGGAUCUUUGGGGGUUUUCUCAUGAGAAAGGCAUUUGAACUGGGAUGGGCAACUGCUUGCAGCUAUGGGGGUUCCAGACCCUUUAUCGUAUCUGUUGAUGAUAUCAUGUUUCAGAAGCCAGUUGAAGUUGGAUCCUUGUUACUGCUUUCUGGACAGGUCUGUUAUACAGAAAACAACUACAUCCAGGUUCGAGUACACAGUGAAGUUUACAAUGCAAAUACCAGGGAGCACCAUACUACCAAUAUUUUCCAUUUUACAUUUAUAUCAGAAAAUGAGGUCCCACAAGUUGUACCUAAAACAUAUGGAGAGUCCAUGUUGUAUUUAGAUGGGAAGCGACACUUUACUGCAGUCAUGAAAGAAAUCUGACAGGCACUGGGUGCUGCCUCAGCAGUGUAGCAGCAUGCUGUCUUGGCAAAAGCUGUCACCAGAGGUGGCUAAUGGAGAGGUGCUUGUAAUACUCAAAGAAAAGCCCCACAACCACCCCAAACCAAACAACCCCCAAACCAACCAAACCCAAGCUCCGCACCAAACCCUGCUGUUUUAGUAUUCUUUAUGUAUUUGCAUAUAUUUGGAUUUUUUUUAUUCUUUACUAUUAGAAUUUGUUGAAAUCUUUUACAUGCCAGUGCUAGGAAAAGAGGCUGAAAAAAUACAGUCUUAGGCUUUGGGUAGACUCUCUUUGUCCGCUUUGAGAGAUCUCAUUACAACCUUUGCUGUCUUGUCACCAUCUGCUGCCUUUCCCUUAGCAGCUCUCCUUUGUGUUUCCCUGAUAAGGGAUAGAAGUUCUGUCAGAAAAAGGUGUGCAGUAAGUAGAUAAACACAAGUGAAACAAUUUGACCUACAUUCUUGUGUAAAUUAGGUUAAGGGUCAUAAUUCUUUUUUUGCAAGGACACAUGCAUCUGAGCAGCAGCAGAGGCUCAGAAGUUACUAGUGUGUGCACAGUGGAAAGCAGGUGUUUCCCAUCAGUGUGGAUUUUACAAGGUUAUUGCAGCUUCUGUUUGGAUGGUUUCAUGUUCCCUUGGGAGGAAACUGAUUUUUGCAAUGAAAGGAGGCGGCCAGAUGGUAUUUUCUGGUGUUCUGUUUGUGUCCUUGCCAGCCUCUUCUAAGUUUUUUUGUUUUUUGUUUUAAUAUAUAACUCUGAGUUCCUUAGUGAAUUACUUCUCAUGGCCUGGGCACUAGAGGUCUGAUUGUUGAGACUGGGUGGGACUGGGAAAUAGCAUUGUAGAACAGAACAUUUUGGUUUACUAAGGAUUGGGAACAAAAAAGGUAAAAUGCUGCCCAAAUGGUUAUGGUGAUGUUUGGUGCUGCAAUUAGGGGUCCUGAGAAUCUGUGUUGAGCAACUCCCAAGUCAGCUGCUGAAUGAUGGGAGGAUCUUUAUCCCACUGAGGGGUGGUACAGCUAGAGGACAGUCUCCUCCUCAGCUGGAUUAUUUAUCUGUACUCUUAGUGGACUGUAGUGCAGUAUGAGUACUGCACAGCUCUGAAGGUUGUCAAGUUUACCUGUGAAGGUCAGAGUACUUCCCCACCAUAGAGGGGACACCACGGUGGACAUAAUUAUGGCAAAUAAAUAACAGGAACAGAGUACUUGAUACUGAAACACUUCUGAUGUAAUGGAGAAAGUUUUAAUAAUCUCCAAUUUCUUGAAACCAGGAAGCUGAGUGGAUGGGAGGCAUCAGCUUUUAGUAGUGAGUAUGUCACAAGCACAAACGUGGAUCUCUGGUACCUUCAUGUCAAGAUUGAUGUCCUAACUGAUCAGGACAGCCAAAGAGGAGUUGGGCUCAGUGGUUAAAUGGAUGAAAUGUCAUGUCUUACAAUACACAAGAACAGAUUCUGGCUUCCAUGUGAGGUUUAAAGUCUUUUGAAAAGAGAAUGCAGCAAAUAGGAAUUGUGUGAAUCAGGACAGAUGCAUGAAGCAGGUUGGUAAAAUAAAGCAGCAUGUUGAGCUUUUAUUUGUGAGUAAGAAAGCCUGAGACAGUCACAAUUAGGACCAGUUUCCGUUGGUGCUAGGAUGGCAUGAGGUUCAUGACUCCUAACAGCUCUUUGCUAUUCCUGUGAGGAAUUGUAAUUGACCACUGUAAUAAUCGGCAUGUUACACAUCAGCCUUUCCUUCCUAAGAUUCAGCUGCUGUUAAUGGAUGAGUUAGAUGGCUUUCCAGAGGAGGCACAGGGGUGUGGCCUGAUCCAGAACAGAUUCAUGCAUUGCCCUGAUAGUAAACUCUUGGUUCCUUCCAUAGAGUUUCUCUCUUCAGCCACACUCCAGUGCUGACUCAGCUCUACGUUAAAAUCUUGAUGUUAACAUCUAUGAUGUUAAAAUAUUUUUCUUUAAUUGUUGUGAUGCUGUGGAGAUAACAUUGUAUUUCCUGGGGUUUUUCCUUUUUAAAACUGACUCUAUUAGACUGACCACACAAAUAAAGAACUGAAAUUCUAUCUGAGCUUCUUCCCCCUCCCUGCAGGGAUCAGUGGUGACUGUUAAAAAAUAAAUAGGAAGGCAGGAAAUGAAAGGAUCUAUUUCAGAACUAUGUAUUACUCCUGCAGGUUUUUAUCACUGACCCAGUGGUCCUACCUGGAUCGCUCUUUUUUUAACACUUGUAAGCUAAGGGGAUAUCAAGUUUGUCCUCUACUGACUUUUCAGCUGCAUUUAAAGAUGAAUUUAUCAUAAUUUCUAAAUUCAGCCUUUGGGAAAUGGUUGUAGAGGAGAAGAAGAGGUAAUAGACUAUGGAAGAAGGUGUGACAUCAGAACCUCUGGACACAGUGAAGAAAAUGAAUGCCACAAAUGAAGAUGCCUAGAAAAAUUGAUGUGUUCUCAAAGUUCAUGAUAACUUAAUCAUAUAGCACAAUGACAGUAGUUACAGAAUGUAUGUACAGACAUGCAGAAUGUGUUUGUGUGUGUAUAUACACAUAUGUAAAAGAUAUAUGCUUUUCUGUUUAUUGCUAUGUAUAUGUACUCAUGCAUUUUCUACUCUGAGAAGCUGUCACCCUCUCUGGUGACAGGCUGCAUGUGUUCAGAGGCAUGCAUGCUGCUUUGUGCCUUUGUGUGUGUGAGAAAAAUGUUCUCAGAUCUCACAUUUAGAAUUAAAAUAUUUCAAGAUAGUAA